AUGGACCUGCGCCCCGUCCCCGGCGCCCGCGAGAAGGGCUGGUACCUGGCCCUCAUGGCGCCCAACGUCAAGGGGCCCAGCUACGCCUGGCUCGACCCGUCCCGGCUCUACUGCCACCCGCAAGGCCUGCAGGACUGCGUGGCCGACCUGCUGCAGCCCUUCUGCGGGGACACCAUCGACCUGGUGGCCGGCAUCGACGCCAUGGGCUUCAUCCUGGGCGCCGCGGCGGCCGCCGUGCUGCACAAGGGCUUCCUGGCCAUCCGCAAAGCCGGGCACCUCUGCGUGGAGACGCUGGCGCAGCCCUACACCGACUACUCGGGGCGCCAGAAGCUCAUGGAGAUCCGCACCGACGUGCUGGCCCCAGGCCUCCGCAUACUCCUCGUGGACCAGUGGGUGGAAACGGGCGGCACCAUGCGAGCGGCCAUCGAGCUGGUGGAGCGGCUGGGGGCGGUCGUGGCAGGCGUCGCCGCCAUCUGCAUCGAGGACAGCGAGGGCGGGCGCUGGAUCCGCGCGCGCUACAAGUGCGCGCACUGCGUCCCGCCGCGCCUGCAGCCCCGCUUCGACCGCCACCAGCUCGACGGGCCCUGAGCGCCCGCGCCGUGACCGCCCGGGCCACAGCAGCACACCUCC